CUCCGCCCUCCCCCCUCCCCAGUGCCGCAGCCGCCGGCCCCGCUCCCUGGCCGCAGACGACCCGCAGCAGGGUCCCCGCCCGGCCAUGCUGCUGGGGGACGAGAUCAGCGCCGGGGACCGGCUGAGCGGAGCCGCCGCCCGGGGGGACCUGGCCGAGCUGCGCCGCCUCCUGCACCAGGAGCUGGUUCAUCCCGACUCGCACAACCGCUUCGGCAAGACGGCGCUGCAGGUGAUGAUGUUCGGCAACACGUUUGUGGCAGAGGAGCUGCUGAAGCAGGGCGCCAGCCCCAACAUCCAGGACGAGGCCGGCCGGGCGCCCGCCCAUGACGCCGCCCGCACCGGCUUCCUGGAUACCCUGCGCGUGUUGGUGGAGCACGGGGCCGAUGUCAACGUGCCUGAUGGGGCGGGGGCGUUGCCUGUCCACGUGGCUGUCCGGGAGGGGCACAUGGAGGUGGUGCGGUACCUGGCGCCCGAGUCCAACCUGCGGCACCGUGAUGCCGAGGGGCGCACCCCACUGGAGCUUGCCCGUCACCUGGGCCUCUCACGCCUCGAGGCCAUUCUGGAGCAGCACCUCUCUGCCCCCGCGUAACACCUUCCUGGGCAGGAGGUGGGUGGCACCGAUCCUCCUGGGACAUCCCCAGUCCCACCGUUGCACCCGCCCCAAAGGGACUUGCCUGCCCCCUCCCGUCCUAAUUCCCGGCCCGUGUAAAGGCAGCUCCCGACCCCCACCUACCUCAGAGUUCGUCUUUAACUUUCACUGUUGUUUCUAUUUAUAUUUUUUGUGGGUGCUUUUCUCCCCUCCUAGGAUGUUCCCAAGUGGGGGGGGCUUCUCCCCACCCCGUCCUCCUUGCCGUGGGUGCUUCCCCGCUCCCUCCCGGAUGGCUGACCUGUGUGUGUAUGUGGGGGGAAGCCUGGUUUUGCUGCCCAUGAUUCAAACUCAAACCUCUGGGUGGCUUGCUAACCUUGCAGCCAGGAGGAGUACCUGCCAUGCUGCAAAGCCUGUCUGCGGUGUGGGGAGGGCACGGUGACACAACGGUGCUUCAGUUGCAAAGCCGGACCUUCCCUGCCCCCUCCCACUUCAGCGCAAAGCAGUGGGGGGGGGUUGUGUGGCUCCCUAGGAGAGAGCUCCAUGCACAGGGCUCUCUGGUCUCUCCCCACCCCCGUAUCUGCCGGUCUACCCCCCCUUCCCCCGCCUUGUACAGUGUUAUUUUGUGAGUGUCCGUUUUGCAUUGAACCCAGCCGGGAGGGGCGGGGAGUUGGUGGGGGGCACUGGGAACUGCGGCAUGCAAAGGGUUAAUGGGACCAAGCUGAUGAGGGGGGCAGGGGGUUAGAGCCCAGCACAGUGGGGGGCUGCUCCUGUGUCAGCACAGCAGGUGCUUGGCACCCCACCUGGGGCUGGACUUGAGUUGGGGCUAUGGGACAAAUACCCAUGUCUAGGGCCAGCCGGCAUUUGGGAUCCCCCAUGGCAAUGCAUGGGGCUGCUAUUAAAGAGGGCAUCCCACCGGCAAGAGCCUCACGUUGCCCAUGGGGUUCCACGCCCCGUCCCAGCUCAAUAUCAGCUCUGUGCCUCCCGCCCCGACUCGGUCCAGGCUGCCCUAGAGACUACACAUCCCAGCAUGCAAUGCAGCUCACGCUGGGCUCUGUGGUCUUGCCAAGCCACGCUCCAGCCACGGUUUGGGGGAUGGUGGCUGGUGUUGUCCCUCCUCUGCUAGGCCCCUCAGGGACGGGCGAGCAGCGUCCCUUCCCCGCAAGCGCCCGUGUGUUUGAAACAGAAUUGUCUUUGCGUUGAAAACGUUUGAGCUUGAUUCUUCCGGCAGCAGCCUCUUCCCGGGAUGAAUUGGUGGAUCUGUGCUGUGUAUAUAGUGGUUUUUUUAAAACAGAGAAAAGAUUAAACCAGAUUCUAUUUAUUGUGCUUUGGAGGAAAUGUUGGGGGAUAAUUUAAUGUUUUUAACCAUUAAAUUAAUAUUUGUG